CGUUCGACUGACGACCACGCGACAGGCCAGGCUUUCCAUUCAUAUCUAUCUGAACUCAUGAAUCUGAGUGUCGUCACUUUGGCGGGGCAACAGCUACCCCGCAAUGCGUGCGCCGAGUCCACCGGCCGAGCUUUACGAUCUCCCAUUCCCGCUGUAUCCCCACUCAUCAAGGUUUAUCCUGGAACAAUUCAAUCAAUGAUGCCAUGGGAUUCAAACGGCCUCGACCAUAGCAAAUUACCGUACUGACAAUGUGGCAAAGCCGCGCACUCGAGAUCAUGACGGCUAUCUAUGCUGUCCGAUCGACCUCCAUCUUCCUAUACCACUGUGUCUCGAUGAUUCUACUACAAGUG